AUGCUGCCGCAGCACUUCGACCUUUUGAAAGGCCUUGUCAACACGAAUUAUGUGGAGCAGGCACAGCAGGCCAGGAACUCACGCUCCAAGCAGGUGACUGCCCUGCUGACGCAGCGGCGGCUCCCUGAUGUGGGCUGGAAGGAGGAGGACAUUCAAUUGCUGCUAGAAGAGAUGGCGUCCUUCGACACGAAUAACUUCCAGGGCAAUGUUGGAGUCGGUGAGCGGGAAGGUCGUGUGAUCAGCGACUUGGUUCGACGCAGGCAUUUCGGUUUGACGCACGGCAUCGGACGAAGUGGUGACGUUAUGGCAGAGCAGCCCAAAGCGGCCGGCUCAUCCCUGAUCGUUCAGCUGACCAAAUACCUCGCCUUGGAUGCGAUUCGAUUGGCCGGGAUUAAAGCGGUCAAGGCUUGCGCAGUGCUCCCUGCUGCGACAGGAUUGACGAUGACUUUGGUGUUCCUUGCGCUUCGUCAGAUGAGGCCAGAAGGUCGAUACGUGGUUUGGUCGAGGAUAGACCAGAAGUCUUGUUUCAAGGCCAUUGGGGCAGCUGGGCUGGAGCCAAUUGUUGUGGAGCUGAAGCCUAUAGAAGGUACGGAUGCGUUGGGCACCGACAUCGAAGGCAUGCAGGCUGCCAUCGAGCGUGUCGGGGCUGACAAGGUCCUAUGUAUAUGCACGACCACGUCCACCUUUGCGCCAAGGGUGCCAGACUUCAUUGAUGAAGUCGCGAUGAUGGCCAGCAAGCUGAACGUGCCACACGUAAUCAACAACGCGUAUGGCCUUCAGUGCUCCAAGUGUACGCAUCUCAUAGAGAUGGGAUGCCGUCGAGGGCGCGUGGAUGCGUUUGUCCAGAGCACGGACAAGAAUUUCAUGGUGCCAGUGGGUGGCGCCAUCGUCGCGGGGCCAUCCUCCACACUGGUAGACAAGGUCUCGAACCUUUAUCCUGGCCGUGCAUCAAUGGGCCCAGUGCUGGACCUGUUCAUCACGCUUCUGUCUUUGGGUGCAUCUGGCUGGACAGGUCUUCUGCAGGAAAGGAAGGAGAAUGCCAAGUGGUUUGAGGAGCAAUUGGCAACAGCAUGCCAGAAGCUGGGCCUUCGAGUGCUGAAGGCAAGGCUCACUCAUUUGAUGGCGGCCAGUGCCGCCUGGAAGAAAGGAUCGCUUCCAGGAUGGCUGGCGGGAAACUUUGCAGGGGAUGGCAAGGGUCCAUGCCAACGUAUUCCGCCCACAAAGCUGCAAAUCACAGGUUGCGUUCUGCGCGAAUGUGGCAGGCCGUACCCUGUAGCACCAGAAGGAUGCGAUAAGUUUGGGCACAAUUGGCAGGAUCCGCUUCCACAACCGCAGCGCUACAGGCCAGCAGCUUGCGGCUGUGGGUCCUUGGAUAUGCACUGGCAGCAGCUGCGAGAAGCGACGUGGAAGGCUGAACUUCUCGGAUCCGCUCUUUUUCUGGCUGCUCGCCCCAACAGUCGCCCAAACAGUCGCCGCAGCAAGUCUGGACAGCCGAUCAAGCACACGAUAGGAUUCGCCACUUCCCGUGUCCUGACCUACCAGCAGCAAGUCCACGCGGAGCUGCGUCUUUGUCAGAUUGUGGCCCAGCAGUUUGACGAUGCCCAGGAGCAACUGGUCGAGGCUUUGAUGGCCCUGCCCUUUGCUGAGGAAUGCCCGCACACGGCAAGCCUUAGCCAGAUCAGCUCUUGGCUGGCAUCACUAGUUGUUGCGAUCCGCCGUGCUAUGAGCUUCAAGCUUUGUGAGAGGGGCUGUGGUCAUCUCGUUGCCGAAGGCAAGAGCAAAAAAGGUUAUGCCUUCAAGACUUGCUGUCGUGCGUGCGCAACAGGCAAAGGGCACGACGACACUUGCUUGGGUCCAGCAGAGGUUCCCGAGGAUGAAGGCUCAUCACACCCUCGAACAAAGAAUGUCUUGGAUGCAAAUCCGGUGUUUGAAUUGAGCCCUGAGCUCUUCUUAGUUGAAGAUAGUCCGCCAUCGUGUUUGCCACCAGUCGCUGCGUUGAAAAAUACCAAUAGAGACGUCGGUCCAGUUCAGUGGGGUAUGACGUACUCCCAGUUUGUGGAGUUCGUUGAAGCAUGCGAGAUGACGAAAUGUUGGAAAGACGCGGAGAGGAAGAAGGACUUUGUGAACUUGUAUGACUUGAUUAACCUGCUUGUACAGUGGACCCGCCAGACCGGUGCAGGCAUUGCGUUGAGGAUGAACCCGGAAAGGCCGGUGGAUGCUGCGCUGAUGGUUUCGCAUUGCUGGGGAGAGGCGAUGAACGAAUGCAGCGAAGCGCUUGCAGAUUUCAAGUCCCGACUAAAUAUCGAGCCCACUUGCGGCCUCUGGUUUUGUGCUUUCUCGCAGUAUCAAGCCGGCGAUGAGCCGGAUGAUGUUGGACCCACAGUGGCAGAGCAGCUGAGAAGGGAUCCAUUCGGAACGGUUGUGCGGGCGGUGUCCAAUCGCCAUGGUAUGGUCGUGGUUCACACCUCGAAGCAGGAGAUAUACUCCAGGUUGUGGUGUGUUUAUGAGAUCAGCGAGGCGAUCUCUGCGCACACAGCUGUGAACAUUGCAUACUCCAUGGAGUAUGUGUCGAAGCAUGCGGCAAACCUGGACAACAUGCUUCGAGCAAGGACUCGGGACGCGCGUUGUGCCAAAGAUAGUGAUGAAAGCUAUAUUCGAGACAAAGUUGAGAAGACCGGUGGUUGGAAUGUGCUGGAUCGGAAGAUUUUUUCCUUCCGGUUGGAAGCGCUGAGAUCCCUGGUAAAGAAGCAUCGGGGCACGCUCGUCAACACUCUCCAAAACGAGCUGGAGAAGGUGGAGACGGUCGAGAUCCAGGAGUGCUUGGCUCCCAGGGACGAGCGCGUCGCUUCCGUGGUCGUGAAACAUCCGGAUCACUUCAAAGUCGAAGCGCAGGUUGAGAAGCAGAGUGCAUCCCAGAGCUCGGACGGGGGCUUCCUCCGCAAGUACUGCUCCUUCUUCACGGAUCUUCUUACCCCGCCCAAGGACCAAGUGCGGCCAAUCCACAUCCCGCCUCCUGAAGUACCUGAGGAGCCCGAGGAGGUAGAUGCCAGCGACGAUGAGAACGAUAUGCUCAGGGAACGCCUUGAACUGCUGAAAAAGCUGCACCAGGACUUGGACGAGUAG